UUUCCUAAUGGCAACACAAAAACCCAACAUGGGGUCUCCAAUGGCCUCUCUCACUCUCACCAUUCUUGCAUUAACCUUAAUCUCCCUCACCUUCUCAUCUCAAACAUUGGCUGACAACUACAUCUACUCCUCUCCUCCACCACCGCCAAAGCCUUACUACUACCACUCCCCUCCACCACCAAAACAUUCUCCUCCUCCUCCAUACUAUUACCACUCUCCACCACCACCAAAGCAUUCGCCUCCUCCCCCAUACUACUACCAUUCUCCACCACCACCAAAGCACUCUCCUCCUCCCCCCUACUACUACCACUCUCCACCUCCCCCAAAACACUCACCUCCUCCUCCUUAUUACUACCAUUCUCCACCUCCACCUAAACACUCUCCUCCUCCUCCCUAUUACUACCACUCUCCUCCUCCACCAAAGCACUCUCCUCCUCCACCUUACUAUUACCACUCUCCUCCACCACCAAAGCACUCACCUCCUCCACCCUACUACUACCACUCUCCACCACCACCAGUUUACAAGUACAAGUCCCCUCCUCCUCCAUACAAGUACCCAUCUCCUCCUCCUCCACCGUACAAGUACCCCUCUCCACCACCCCCUGUUUACAAGUAUAAAUCUCCUCCACCCCCAGUUUACAAAUACAAGUCUCCUCCUCCUCCUUACAAGUACCCAUCUCCUCCACCACCUCCAUACAAGUACCCUUCUCCUCCCCCACCAGUAUACAAAUACAAGUCCCCUCCUCCUCCAGUUUACAAGUACAAGUCUCCCCCUCCUCCCUACAAAUACCCAUCUCCUCCACCUCCCCCAUACAAAUACCCUUCUCCUCCACCACCGGUUUAUAAGUACAAGUCUCCACCACCACCGGUUUACAAGUACAAGUCUCCACCACCACCGGUUUACAAGUACAAGUCUCCACCACCACCGGUUUACAAGUACAAGUCUCCACCACCACCGGUUUAUAAAUACAAGUCUCCACCACCACCGGUUUAUAAAUACAACUCUCCACCACCACCGGUUUACAAGUAUAAGUCUCCACCUCCACCCUACAAGUAUCCUUCUCCACCACCACCACCAUACAAGUACCCAUCUCCUCCACCCCCAGUCUACAAAUACAAGUCACCUCCACCGCCAGUUUACAAGUACAAGUCACCUCCACCACCAUACAAGUACCCAUCUCCUCCACCGCCACCGUACAAGUACCCCUCUCCACCACCCCCAGUUUACAAAUACAAAUCCCCUCCACCCCCAGUUUACAAGUAUAAGUCUCCCCCUCCUCCUGUUCAUUCACCACCUCCACCACACUACAUCUACGCAUCCCCGCCUCCUCCAUACCACUACUAGAUAGUGCUUUUGGGUAGUGUUCCUCGUGGUUAUUUAUGAAGAAUAUGUGCCAAUAAAGAACGUUGUUGAUAGAAAGAAGAUGCAUUUUGCAUUCCCACAAGGAAAACAACGGAAGCAAAGUUUCCGAGCGUUUUGUCUCAUAAGAAGAAAGACGUGUGUCAAUCCUUUUCUUUUUCGUUUGUAUUGUUCAUCCAUUAUUAUUGUAUUUUUAUACAGUUGUAAGGCACUUCUUUGCUUUCUCUAAUUGAACAUCACAUGAAUGCAUUUUGGUUGUGAAGCAAAUUUAAUAAUAAAUAAAAAAGAAUGCUUUCUCUCU